AUGUCAGAAGACGGCAUGAACCUCGCACAGCGCCCGCCAUACGUCACCGUCGACUUCAAGGCCCUCGCGAAGAGCGAUAAAGACUUCAAACAACUAUGGCAGCGCACGUCGGGUAAACUAGAUUUCCAAGAUCCCAGUACUACCCAGGCCCUCUCCAAAGCGAUUCUAAGAGUAGACUUCGGUCUUGAACUUGACGUGCCAGAUGAUCGCCUGUGUCCACCAAUCCCCAAUCGCUGGAACUAUGUGGCCUGGCUGCAAGGUCUAAUCGACUCCACAUCGCCAGACUACUCCAGCAGAUAUGAUCCAAAUCGCCAGGUUCAGGGCUUGGAUAUCGGUACUGGAGCAUCCGCCAUAUAUACCUUGCUGUGCCUAAGAUCGCGUCCAAACUGGUCAAUGUGCGCUACAGAUAUCGACAAGAAGAGCUUUGACUCCGCAGCCCGCAACCUUGCUCUCAACAAUCUUAUGACGCGUACCAAGUUGCUCCAAACCACGGAGCUAAACCCUCUUGUCCCUCUCGCAGCCCUCGGGGUUGAUCGUCUCGAUUUUACCAUCUGCAACCCACCCUUCUUUAACGAUGUGUCCGAUAUGCAGUCCAGCUUGAAGGGUGAGGGAAAGAGCUGGAAGCCCAACGCCGUAUGUACAGGCUCAGAGAACGAAAUGGUAUGUCUCGGUGGUGAUCUUGGCUUCGUGACGAAGAUUGUCAACGAGAGUCUUGUCCUCAGGGAAAAGGUGCAGUGGUAUACUAGUAUGUUCGGCAAAAUGGAAAGCGCAAAGGCCAUCAUCAACCUCUUGAAGAAGCACGGCAUCACAAAUUGGGCGGUUGGUGAUAUCGAUGUUGGGUCCAGCACCAAGCGAUGGAUUGUCGCGUGGAGCUUCGGAGACCUCAGGCCACGAAAUAGCCACGCACGAAUCGAAAAGAUGGCCAAUGAGUUCCUACCGUUCCCAACAUCUUAUCCCAUCGCACUACCACCUUCAGUCGAGCCGCAGACAGCCAAAGACGCUAUCAACACCCAGCUUUCAUCGCUCGAUCUAACCUGGACGUGGGACGCUGUUACUUCGACUGGCAUCGGCGAAGCUAGUCAAAACGUGUGGAGUCGCUCAUAUCGCCGCGCAUACGAACGUAAUCAAAGAGAAGGUCUCGUUGACAUGAAGCAAGAUCGAAAGAUUGAGCUAGCAUUUCGUAUUCGGGUCGUGGACUUGGCACGUGAGGUCGUCGUUGAGUGGUUAAGAGGCACGGAUCAGGUGUUGUGGGAGAGCUUGUGUGGGCUCAUACACCGACAUUUCAAGAAGACUUGA